AUAGGAACCUGCUAUAAUGGAUGGGUCCCUUACAAAAGGAGUUGUUAUUAUUUUGCAACAUCCAGAGUUACAUUUAAAGAUGCAAUGUCGGCAUGUUAUCUGAUGGGCGCAGAAAUGAUGGAACUUCAAAAUGCAAAGGAAGAGAAAUGGUUUGAUCUCCAGGUCCGAUUACGAGGUUAUCGAGACCAGGUUUGGCUUGGUGCAAGUGAUAUUCAACAAGAAGGAAAGUUCAUAUCUGUUUCAAAUGCUGAGAGACUACAUUACAGUCAUUGGUUGAGGGGACAGCCAAAUAACUCUGCAGGAGGGGAGGAUUGUGCCACUUACUGGAUUCCGCUAAAAGGGAUGAACGAUUCACCAUGCAACGUCACGUUUAAUUAUGUAUGCAAAAAAUAA